CGUAAGCGUAACUAUCUGAACCUCACCCGCGCUGCAGAUUAACGCCGCAGCAGCCCCUAAGGGAGCCACGCUGCUCCCUCUCUGCCACCUCCCUUCCUCCUGUCUGGACAUCAUUAUGAGAGAAUUGACACACAGAAGAGGGGAAAGGUCAGCCCAAAAGGCACCCUGAGGUGGAGGUGCAAGCAGGAGAGAGCCAUGGUCAAUCUCUGGAGGGGUGAUUAGGUUGAAUCAGCGGCUCUGGCAGGCAGACGGGUGAGAGGAGGUUUCUACUGGGAGAACUGGACAUGCUGAUAAACUGGUGAUGAGCAUGAAGCCGACCGCAUAAAAUUGUGCAGCUGAAUUCUCAGAGAAAACUGAGUUCACAGAGUGAACAAGAAAGAAAGACUAAGUGAUGGAUCACCAAGACAAAGGAGGAGGAACAGGAACAGGGGGAGGAGGGCAGACAAAAGAAAACCAGAAGGCCGAGGAGGUCGACGAUGAAGAAAAGUCGACCAAAGACAAGCACAACAAGUUGGAGAAGGAGAUCAGUGGGAAGGAGCCGAGCGGAGAGGCCAAGAAGGAGAAACGUCGCUGUCCGUGGAGGAGCGGCUGGGCCCUGGCUGAACGUCUGGCCAUCAACGUGUCGGGGAUGCGCUACGAGACUCAGAUCCGCACCCUCGCCCAGUUCCCCGACACCCUGCUGGGUGACCCCCGUCGUCGCCUUCGCUACUUCGACCACGUGCGGAACGAGCUCUUCCUGGACAGGAGCCGCGUCUGCUUCGACUCCAUCCUGUACUUCUACCAGUCUGGCGGGAGGCUGCGUCGGCCCGCCAACGUCCCCCUGGACAUGUUCCUGGAGGAGCUGCGCUUCUACGAGCUUGGAGAGGAGACCAUCGACCGCUACAAAGCGGACGAGGGCUUCCCCAAGGAGGAGGAGAGGCCCUUACCCGCCGGCGACUUGCAGCGUCGCCUCUGGAUGCUGUUUGAGUAUCCGGAGUCCUCCAGCGGAGCUCGGAUCAUCGCCAUCAUCAGCGUCAUGGUCAUCGUGCUCUCCAUCCUCAUCUUCUGCCUGGAGACUCUGCCCGAGUUCAGGCAUGAGAAGGAACAGAGGGAGCAAUUCAUCACAAUGCCUCACCCCACCAUCGCAAACGAAACCAUCUCGGUCUCACCGGGCUUCACCCCCUUCCAGGACCCCUUCUUCAUCGUGGAGACGAUCUGCAUCAUCUGGUUCUCCUUUGAACUCAUCGUGCGCCUAGUCUGCGCUCCUAACAAGGUGCACUUCUUCAAAGACGUCAUGAACACCAUCGACUUCUUCGCCAUCAUUCCCUAUUUCGUCACCCUGGGCACGGAGCUGGCCAAGGACAAAGACGCCCAGCCCUCCGUGUCUCUGGCACUCAUCAGGGUCAUCAGGCUGGUGAGGGUCUUCAGGAUCUUCAAGCUCUCUCGUCACUCCAAGGGCCUCCAGAUCCUGGGCCAGACGCUGAAGGCCAGCCUCAGAGAGCUCGCCCUGCUCAUCUUCUUCCUCUUCAUCGGCGUCAUACUCUUUUCUAGCGCCGCCUACUUUGCAGAGGUGGACAGUGCUAACACGGCGUUCACCAGCAUCCCCGGGGCGUUCUGGUGGGCCGUGGUGACCAUGACCACGGUUGGCUACGGGGACAUGUUCCCGGAGACGGUCGGGGGGAAGCUGGUGGGCUCCAUGUGCGCCAUCGCCGGCGUGCUCACCAUCUCGCUGCCAGUGCCCGUCAUCGUGUCCAACUUCAGCUAUUUCUACCACCGCGAGAUGGAGUGCGAGGAAACGACCGAGUACAAACACGUGGCCACGUCGCUCUGGGACGGAGAGGGCGAUGAAGAGGGGGAAUAUGAGGAAGGAGCGGACGAGGGGCAUGAACACAUGGGAGAUUAUGCACCCCUGUACGGGCAGGACAGCAGGGGUAUCUGCCCGCCACUCAAUGUUUCUCUCCUGGCGGGGCUUUGUACCGGACAGGAAGCUGGCGGUCGCAGAGGGAUAAACUCUUACCUCAACGAAACUCUGGUCACUCAGGUUUAACAGAGAGGAGGUCGGACAUUUAACGCUGCCAAGCAAGAGAAGAAGAGUACAAAGAUACAGGACGAGUGAAGCAGGAGAAAACUCCAACAUGCACACAAAGACUUGGCACUGAUAUAAGCUCUAAUUUGUUACAUUUGAGGCGUUUGCCUGGUUUUAUUUGACUCAUUGUUUACAGUAAACAUCUGUUUUUUUCAAUGAAUAAAUAGAAUCUGAUCUUUGAAAAAGGCUGCAGGUUGUUUGACAAAACUUACCGCUGUGGUUAAGAUGUGUCCAGACUCCUCAAAGAAUCCUCUAUCCGGCUCAAAUAACAAACAUAUUCCACCUGCUGCACAAUACAGUCGAUUCUAAAUUCUUUCCUAAAUUCUGACUUUGAAUUUAAACCCAAGUUAAUAUAUAGUCAGGAUACAUGUAUUAUUGGAAGCUGUAUUAUCCCUAUAUAUAAACGUGUAUGCUUGCUUGUGGACAGUUUUUCAUGUUCAGUUAACCUGUCGUGUACUGACUGAAACACUAUCUCAGUUACACUGGCAAUUAUUAAUUAAUAAUAUAAAAAAUACCAAAGUAUAUAUUCUUUUCAAAGAAACUUCACAAAGAACCCGUAAAAUGUAAGCGUUAUCAAGUUACAGCCACCAUCUUUGUUUGGAAAGUAGGUUAAAUAUCUUUUUUACUCUGCAGCAGAUGGACAAUGCUUCAUCCCGGCUGGAUGAAGGAAUAUUUGAGGAAUCUGAAAAUGUCUUUAAAACAGAGAAAAGUGUUGUUAAAUACUGCAACAAUCUUAAAUAUAUAAAGGAAAAAAAUACAAAGAGAGUCAUCAUUUGUGUUGCCUGUAAUGACGGAUGUGACUGUUGCAGAAAGGUGACAAAGCACCAUUCACUGCUCAUACAUGUGAUGGUGUUAAGUGAACCGCAGCACCAUAAACUGCUGCUCUGCCGAUAUUGUACAGGAGUUUAAAUGUACAGUGCUGCAGGUGUUGAUGCCCUCUACUUGUCAGAGUUAUGGCAGAAAUGCACAGUUGUAAUCUCGCGCUGACGUUGACCACAAAGAGGUCGCUCAUCGGCUGCCGGCGGUGCAGACAGAGUUCAUGUAGUUAGUCCAAAGCAAGUUUGUAUGUUACAUACAGCAGUGUAAUGGAUACAGCCUGGAGAGAUGUGUGGAGAGAGACGAUGAGCCGGCGGAUAUUUCUACUAACGGUGACCGAAGCAACGCUGAACUCUGAUGGUCCGAGGCGAUAGCGACUGUGAUAUGUUUGUCGUCACGUCAACGAGAACACCUUUCCCUCAUUAACUCUCUGUCUUAAACUACGAAGAGCAGAUGUUUCUGAUCUGUAGAUCUGUCGUUUGAGUAUCAAACACUUGCCAUCUGUGUGCUUGGAAGGUGGCUGUUAGAGUUUGUGGUUUCCCUCAGCUGAUCCACAAUCAGUGGCUCAUUCAUCAGCUGACCUUUGACACCAAAUCACAUACAAGUGGAUGAACAGCGCGGCAUUUUAAUACACUGUUUAGUUUUUAUAUUUCUGAUUUCGUUAAGAGUGAAUGUUCAUAUAUAUUUAUAUUAGCGGAUGAUUUUUUUUGUUGCUCAGACUCUUUGAGAGCUUCUUUGUUGAACUUUGUAACUCUUAACUAUAAACGGUCAAAUCUUUCAUUAACGUGUCUCUGACUGAAAUGUCGCUUAUAAUGAAUUCCAAUUGUUCAAAGAGUGCUGCAGGAAUGAGUCCUAAAACCCACAAAUGAGUCAGUAUUUUUUCACUUCCUGUUUCCUUGACUUAAAGUCAAUGUCUUUUUUUGAUUAGCUUUUGGUUAGAUGCCUGAAAUGAGGUCUUAAGAGACUUCAAUGUUUUGUACUACACUAUAAAAUGUCAUAAAAACCAUGAACUCGUGACUUUUGAAGCUUUUACGAGUCUUAAAAAGUGGCUAAAUGAGACAUCAGUCAUGCUUAGUGUCAUCGUGAAGUCAAGUGACCGGGGUCUGGUCUAUAAGCUAACGUUAGGUUUUGACUUCUGCAGAUUGCAUUCGCGCUUCAAAAAUCCUAAAAGUGGUGUUCAUCUGUGAAGAUUAUGUUGCUGAAGAAAAUGUUGAUUUUCUGUAGUAAUCCAAAAUCCAAUAGAAAGAUCCCAUUGGCAUUAACUUCCUUGUUGGCCUACACCAAUACACAAUCCCUGCAGCACUCUAUGGCAGAAUUCAUCAAAUUGUCCACGAAUACUUUCUCAGACCAGCUCUGUGAAGUAAUCCUUCUCUAUCUGCAUAUUUACAGGUGUCUCGUUCUCACAAUGAGAAAUCUAUCGUAAAGCAGCUUCUCAAUGGAAGAGAAACUGUCAUCAAAACUGUACAUAUGGAGAUAAAAUAUCUGAUCCACAUAAUUUACCUUUUCCUACAAUACAGCCAAAUCAAUUCAAGCAGAACUAGCAUCAAGACGUGUAUUCAGCCAUAUUUUGUUAAAUAUGCAGCAGAUAAAUUGGUUAUUUUGCAGGAUUGCGAUACUUUCUUUGCAAAUUCUUGUCACCGUUUGAAUCCAUUGUAACUGAUAUGAAUUAAAGACUUAAU